UGAGGAGUCAAACUUUUAGGUUAAAAUAUUGUUAAGUUACAAGUUAAUUAUUGAACAUUUCUGAAUUAAUUCGUAUUGUACUGAAACGAAUCCUAGGACACAAACAUGGUCCGGGUGAUCACUGUGGACAACCACGGCUUCCUAUAUCUGGUGGCCAGGAGCGAGUGGAUGGCCAAGGACCCGGUCGACUGCACUAUGGUUACACGACCGUUCAACAGGGUAGUGUUAACAGUGACUCGGACACAGGAGUGUAACAACCGAACAGACUGUAUCAACCAGCUGAGGAUGUUGCAGGAUAAACAUAUGGAUGAGGGACAAACUGACAUAAAGCCUAGUUUUCUGAUUGGUGGUUACGGAACAGUUUACGAGGGAAGGGGCUGGAAGUGUUUAACUGCUUUUGAACCUGGUGAACAACGCGGCAGGUUGGAGAUUUCAUUUAUUGGGGACUUCGCCACAAACUCCUCCAUUCUAAGGCCUCCACCGUAUGAAAUGUUCGCAUCAGCACUGACACUAAUUAAGCAUGGACUGAAAAACGACUUCAUAAGUCAGGACUAUAAACUAUCAUACUUUAUGCAUAACCCCUUCCCAGAAAACGUAAAAGUUUUUAACAUUUGAAUUCCUCUGCGAUCUAACCAUUGUUCUUUUUCAGUAAACAGUUUAUUUUUUAUAUUGUAACCA